AUGCAAGAUAAUAUAGAAACACCAAAUAAAUAUAGUUCAUUACCUUCCUUAUUCAAUACUCCAGUUCAAAAUCCAAAUAGAAAUGCAGGAAAUAGUACCCCAAUUCCAAAUUCACCAUUUUUAAAUGCUUUAACCCCAGUAAAUGAAACUAAAAAACUUUAUGAUAUUUCAUCAACAGAUGCUUUGCCAAUACCAAUAUCUAAAGAAAAAAAUGUUCAUUCACCACCAAAGUUAACAUUUUCACUUAACGAAAUUAGAUUAGCAUGUGAAAAGAAAUUAUUAUUAUUAAAAAAAGAAGAUUUAAUUAAAAUUAGUCAAAUUACAAAAAAUAAAAAGAAAAAAGUUACUCAAUGGUUUUUCACUCAAUGGUUUAAUUCAAAUAAUGACAUUGAUCAAAAUAUCAUUCUUAGAACCGUUUUCUCUGUUUUUUGUUCUUUAAGAAAAGAAAAACAAAUGGGUGAAGAAAUUUCAAAAGAGUUUCAAUUAUUUUGGAACCGUUUAAAAAAUGAAAGAAAAAAAAUACAUAAA